AGAGAAAUACAAAGUCGUGAGAAACAGAUCGCAAAAUAUAAUUAAAAUCACUAAACUAUUUCAACCCGCAUUUCAUUUUCUUUCAGAUUUGAUUAUAGUAUUUGUCAAGAUGUUAUAAAAAUGGAGAAAGAAGUGAGUCGUAAAAUAAGAAGCCAUAUCAUAUGCCUGGAAGGACUCAGGGAUUUACAGAAAGAUUGUUGGUUCUGGGAAAAACGCCUGAAACACAGGAACGAUAGAAUGGACACUUUCUUGGAGGAAAACACAGAUGAAGGACAAUAUGUUACCAGUAAGAGUCAAAGCAAAUAUGACAAGCUAGUAUUAAAGCAGAGUGAGGUAGCAAAACGUUACAGAGCAAUACUGGUUUGCUUCCAAGAAAAAAUGGAGGAUGAGAAGAAACUCAGGACAGUUAUUUUGCAGAAAGUGGCUGCCAUCCGAGAAAAAUUGUCAUCUGUCAUGAAAGAAAGCUUAAUACAUGCCUACAGUGAUAUGAUACAGGCUGUAUACAUGGCAAAGGAACAAGACGGAUUUAACUUGGUUGAUCAACAACUAACAGCAGUUAACAUUGAUGGCAUCGUUGAGAAGUUAUAUGAGAUAACAUCAGCCACCUACAACACACCAGUACCUGAGGAUUUUAUCCAAGCCACUGGACCCGACGAAAAGUUGGCCGAGAUAUACUAUAAGGAGUGUAAUUAUGAAGUACUAGGAAUGAAGGAGGGGAACUAUUUUAGAAAAUUAAAGGAGAGUCGUAAAGAAGGCUGUUUCUUCCCCAUAAAUGGCGGAAUUCGAACAAAUCCAUUUACAAGUGAUGAAAAAAACAGAGGAAUUAUCAACAUCAAAACAGGUUACCAAGUAAAAUUAAAAUUAGCUUUAAUGGACAGAACCGUUGGGUUUGGUUGGGUUAGACAGAAUGCAUUCUACAGAAGGAAGACAUGGGGGUUUUAUUUCCUUACAUCAGAAGAUGCAACAACAACAUCAACAAAAGGUGUGCCAUCAGCUUUUCCAACAAUUGAAGUAACCGAUUGUUUGGACGAUUAUAGAGGACAGGGAGAUAAUUCAUGUGUUGUACCUCAUGACAACAAGCACGAAAACACAGAAAAGAAAGAACAAGAAGAUGCAGUUAUCGUGCCAAUGAUCCAGAAAAUUGUUGAUGAAUGCAUGCACGAGAUUACACUUGAAGAAAAAAUAUUGGUAGUUUGAAUUUGAAAAAAAAUCAAUUAUAAGCCAAACGAAUGUUUGAAUUGUACAUAUAACUUUUUAAUUUUUAAUCUAUAAAUA